CAGGCUCAGGGAGUCCCCAUAGAGACUGGGGAAACGAGGAGAGAAGGCCAGCCUGUGCUGUGGGGACAAGGAAACUAUUGCCUCUAGCUAGAGGGAUCGGGAUUUGAGAACCAGAGUUUGCCACAGGCUCUCUGUCAACCUGGCCAUGAACCUGGAGCCACCCAGGGCCGAGAUCCGCUCAGCCACGAGGGUCAUCGGGGGGCCUGUCACCCCCAGGAAGGGACCUCCUAAAUUUAAGCAGCGGCAGACCAGGCAGUUCAAGAGCAAGCCACCCAAGAAAGGUGUCCAAGGGUUUGGGGAUGACAUCCCUGGCAUGGAAGGCCUGGGGACAGACAUCACGGUCAUCUGCCCCUGGGAGGCCUUCAACCACCUGGAGCUGCAUGAGCUGGCCCAGUACGGCAUCAUCUAGGCAGUCUGGCUCACUUCCCACUGCCUGGCACGGUCUGCUCAGUACUCCCGGGAACUCACCCUACCGCCCCAGUGCCCGAUCACCUGGGUGGUGUCAGCAGCCCUCGCCAUGGCAGCCUCUGAUCCCAGCUACCCUUCUGGGGGUCAGCCUGGGCCCUCAAGAGGCAGAACUGGAUCCUUUGCUCCUGUGACUGUGCCCCUACACUCUAGCCCUGCCCUUCCACCUGCAGGUGAGGCCCAGCUCCCAGUUCCUACCAGCUCUCUGCAGUGGGUGCCCUGGGAUGACUGAGGUGGGUGACAGUGCUGGGGACACUCACCAGGGUGUCUCCUUGCUGCCCUUAUUGCAAUAAACUUUCAAAGCCUG